GGAGCUCAUUUGUGCCUAGCCUGUCGACAGACAGAAAUUUUUUCAGCUUUGGUUUUUGACAAAAAGAGUGAUAAAGAUGAUGCAGCAGGAUCAAGUAGUGGAAGAACAACUACAAAAUGAGGACGAUGAUGAUUCCUUCUUCCAAGACAUUGACAUGCUGCAGAACCAGGGCAUCAAUGCUGCAGACCUGAAGAAACUCAAGUCUGCAGGAAUCUGUACCAUCAGGGGUAUUCAAAUGACCACAAGGAAGAGACUUUGCAACAUCAAGGGCAUAUCAGAGGCCAAGAUGGACAAGAUCAAAGAAGCAGCUGCUAAAUUGGGUGAUGCAGGUUUCAUGACAGCUCUUGAGUACAGUGACCGAAGGAAGACAGUCUUCAAGAUUCAGACAGGCAGCUCAGAGUUGGACAAACUUCUUGGCAAUGGCAUUGAAAGCAUGGCCAUAACUGAGGCAUUUGGAGAGUUCAGAACAGGAAAAACACAACUGUCACAUACUUUGUGUGUGUCAUGUCAACUACCAGGACCAGGUGGCUAUUCUGGAGGAAAAGUUGUGUUCAUUGACACAGAAAACACAUUUCGUCCUGACCGUCUGAAACCCAUCGCUGACCGCUUCAACCUGGACCAUGAGGCCAUGCUGGACAAUGUGCUGUAUGCCAGAGCAUACACAAGUGAACACCAGAUGGAGCUGUUGGAUUAUGUGGCUGCCAAAUUCCAUGAGGAACCAGGGGUUUUCAAACUGCUGAUCGUUGACUCCAUCAUGGCCCUGUUCCGUGUGGACUUCAGCGGGCGUGGUGAGCUGGCCGACAGACAACAGAAACUGGCACAGAUGUUGUCCAGGCUUCAGAAGAUUUCAGAAGAAUACAAUGUUGCAGUGUUUGUGACAAACCAGAUGACAGCAGACCCAGGAGCUACCAUGAGUUUCCAAGCAGACCCAAAGAAGCCCAUAGGUGGGAAUAUUCUGGCGCACGCCUCCACUACCCGCAUCAGUCUGCGGAAAGGUAGAGGGGAGAACAGGAUUGCCAAAAUCUAUGACAGCCCUGACAUGCCUGAGUCGGAGGCCACCUUUGCCAUCUCCAAUGGAGGCAUCUGUGAUGCAAAGGACUGAUGAAUAUACCUCUGAGAAUGAUCCUGUCCCUCUCACACUAAUAGAUAUUCAUUUGGACAGUAUUUUAAGCAUAAAAUGAGUUUUUACUGGUUAACGUGAUAUGAAUUGUCAUGGUUUGUUAUUACAAUAUUUGCUCCUUUGGCUGCAAUAUGCAUUAGAUAUUCAUGAUUGUCAAAUUACUCUGUAGGAAAAAAAUCUGGAAGCUUUCUUCUUACUAGAAAUUGCAUCACGACUCUUAAAAGUUGACUUCCAGUAUCCCAGCUGUUUGUAAAUGGACUAACUGUUUGAAAUUUCUGUUACAAAAGAUAUUACAUUGUCUACAUUCGCAUUUACUAUAUAUAAUGUAAAAGAAAGAGUAAUAGGAUGUUGUAAAAUGUUAUAUUUACUACUCGAAAAAUAUUUGGAUUAUCAAAUAAAUAAUGAUACAACACAGAUAUCCCACUAUAUCUUUUAUUUGUCCUUUCAUUCCACAAUAAAAGGAACAUCUCAAAUCAUAACCUCUACUUUCCCCCAUAAGACAUGCACACCAACCCUUUACAAACUUAUAGAAUACAUAGAAAAAUAAAGGUAGCAUUUCUCUUGAAAUGGAUGGUUUUGAACCACAAUCUGCAUGCAUAUAAACACCAUGAACCAAGCAGUAUCUUUGUAGAGGACACCCAGGGUCAUA